AUGCGGAUUUCUACGGAUCUCACCAGAUUCUGGAGUAAAGAGUCGAUGGGUAUUACCCCAGAUGAGGUUGAAGACAGAGAUGAUGCCAUGAAUCUCCGUCACUACCAAGAACACAGCAUAUCAUUUACAGACGGAAAGUACAAAGCAAAGCUACCGUGGAAACAAAAUCACCCUCCGCCUCCGACCAACAAUUUUAUAAAGAAAAUAGAUGGUGUUUCCACAUCGAAACGCUUACAUUAUAUUCCUCACCACGGAGUGAAGAAGGACUCUACAGCGACUCUCAUCAGACUAGUGUACGACUGCAAUUGCCGCGCAUCAGCUGGUAGUCCCAGUUUGAAUGACUGUCUGGAGUCGACAUCGCCGGAACUGAACACUCUUACAACGCUGCUUAUGCGCUUCAGACUGAAAAAGUACGCUGUGUCAGCAGACAUUGAAAAAGCGAUUUCCGACUACGCAACAACGUUCCACGCAGCAGCUACACAUAUUAAACGCCUUCGUAGCUCACCCACCACUCAAGCAGCAUUGACAGAGAAAGGAACCUAG